AUGGGUGCCAAAUCGAAGGUGGACACCACCUGGACUUCGCCCGAUACUCGAAUCUACUACGCCAAAAAGUACAGGCAGGUUCUCUCGUCCGCUCCCGCAUGCGCCUUUGCCGUGAUCGCAGGGGCCCCUCUUGAAAAUGUCAAAGUUCGAAUGCAAUCGCGUCAUUUUGCCCAUGCCUUGGAAGCUACCAAGUACACUUACCGUACCGAAGGCAUUCGUGGGUUCUGGGCUGGCACAUUUAAUCCACUAGUCUCCAUCACCUUUUCCCGCGCCCUUGGUUUCUCCAUCUAUCGGAAAGCAAAGUACACGUUUGACAGCUGGAUCGAAAAGGCCACCGGGCGAUCUCCUCUUCAACAUGUCAAUAAGCCUGGCACUUAUCCAGAUAUCUACACCAUGACAUGCUUUACUGGAGCAGGAAUGGUCUCGGGUGCCGUUACCGCUGUCGCCUUGACUCCGGUCGAACUCAUCAAGAAUGCAACUCAGACAUCAGUCCUCAUGGCCUCUCAGGCUGAUCAUACCUCGGCCUCACCAACGCCAGCCGCGCCCAAGAACGCAGGCCGAGUCAGCUCCUGGACGUCCAUGAAGCGAAUCAUCGCCCGACAAGGCCCUCUGGGUCUUUGGACCGGAUUCCGAUUGCAUUUGGUUCGAGAUGUCAUUGGCAGUGGCAUCUAUUUCGGGGUAUAUGAGACAACGAAGCAGUCACUCAACUCAUACUAUGGGGCUGAGAAGGCUAACUCUGCGGGCGCGAUUGCGAUGGCGGGGGCUCUUUGUGGCGUUGGUGCUUGGGUUGUGACCUACCCGCUCGACACGAUGAAAACUCGCGCACAGAACAAUCUCGUGGGCUCUUCUCUCCCCUCUUCCACUUCCAGUCAGAGUCUCGGCGCGGCCAUCGGAUCCACGGCCAAAUCCGCCAUCCAACGUGUCCCCAGCAAUUGGAAAGGCGUGGAAAUGAUCAUUAUACGUUCGUGUCUCCAGAACAUGAUCCAGAUGUCGUUUUUCGAGCAGGCAAAGGUGUGGAUUGACAAGCUGGAGUUUUCCGAUGGAAGCAGAACCCUGCCGGAGGUGGAGAGGCAUUUUGGACGAGAUAGCAAGAUUGUCCACAAAAAUGACAAGUUGUGA